GUGGACCUCAUGGCAUAUUCGGAGGAGGAUGGCAUACCCAAGUGGGAAUGGGCAGAAGAAAUUACUUACGAUGCACCAAAUACUGGACACUUCACCUGGAUACCAAGACCGACAUGGGAAAUUCUAGAGCACAAUGCAGUUGGUGCCCUACGUGUUACCAGAAGAUGGAAAAAAGAUGAUUUUGCAUUAUGGAGCGACAUACAUCCUUUGGGAUAUAUGUUGUAUGAUUGGUAUCAGAAUGACCAGGAACUGUGGGCCACUAUGCGUUGUGAAGAGUGGUAUGAAAGAGAAGUUAACGAAGAUGAGUACGUUCUUGAACUUGAACCAUGCCCAUGUAACUUAAGUCAGGCUCUGGCCGAUAGAGGACGCUUUAAGCCUACACUUGAAUGCAACUUGGAGAGUGACGAAUUCUAUUGUUACCAGAGGUCAACUAUUGUCCAUUGUGUCGAGAACAUUGUUCCAAGCCCCCGUGGAUCUGACAGUGUUUGUUGCUAUGAUGAGUUUGAAAACUUGGUGUAUUCAGGAGAUAGUGAGGAGGCUAGUUUCUCCCGAAAAUACACGAAGGAAGGGAUCGUGCCGUACAAUGCUAAGUAUAGUGUGCCCUUGUUGUCUCAUUGGAUUUACGAUGGAUUACCGUACUUCUUCUGCUGCGUUUGGGGAAAUCGAUGCGAGUACUAUCAACGUUUGCGAGAAACCCCUGAUUGCAAGGAGUAUGAAGUUCCAAGGUCAGCUGCUAUAUUUGGUGACCCACACAUUAUGACCUUUGACGGUGUUGGGUAUACAUUUAACGGAAAAGGAGAAUAUACUUUGAUGAAGACCACAUCUGAUGUUGCAACUUCUUUCACAAUUCAAGCCCGUACAGAACAGGCUACUAAUACUAGAGGAGAACAGGUACAAGCAACAGUGGUAACAGCAGUGGCUAUGAAAGAGGAAGACAGUGACACGAUCCACAUCCAGCGCAGUGAAAGAACCAUACUGGAGGUACUUAUUAAUGGUGAAGUUCUUGAUUUAAAACGACAAACCUCCUUGCAUUUCUACGGUGUUUACUUGAACUUUCCGUAUACAUAUGAGAAUGGGAACAUCACCCGAGUGACUGUGACUUUUGAAGACUCCCUCAUCGGCGUUGUCGUCAAUGGCACGUCUGAUAUGCUCGUUUGCCAUGUCUUUAUACCAGACAAUUACAAGAAUCGCGUUGAAGGUCUGAUGGGAACAUGGAAUGACGAUCCUACCGAUGACCUGACGGACAAUGGAGGGUCAGUGAUCAGCCCCGACGAUACACCACAACGUAUUUAUGAAUUUGCUAAAAGUUGGGAAAUUCAAGAUACCGCUGAGAAGCUAUUCUAUUAUGAAGCAGGUACUAAUCACGAGUACUACCAGGAUAAUGGUUUUAUACCUGCAUUUACUCCACCCAACACGUUGCCAAGUGAGGUCAAAGAGGGAAUGGAACAGGUUUGUGAUGGUAAUGUAUACUGUGAAUAUGAUGUACGCAUGACAGAGAAUGUCUGGCUUGGAAAGGCUACCAAGGAAGGCUAUGAUCACUACAUGCAAAACCAAAAUGCUUCUGUGGAUCUUGUGGUUUGUGAGUACAUUCCGACUCCAAUUAAUGGAACAAAAACUUUCUUCCGUGAGCGGAAUUACCUUGUUGGAUCAGAAAUUGAAUUUGAAUGUGAUGACGAUUUUGUGUUAGUUGGAACACAAUACCGUGUUUGUGAAGGGUCAGGCGAAUGGACCGGUGAUGACCUCCAGAAUGAUUGCAUUCCAAGUCCGAUAUGUGGAGGUUUGGAUCCAGUUGAACAUGGAAGCAUUGACAUCAAGGGAGAAGAUGAUGUUUUAGAAGCUGAAAUCAAUUGCGAUGAAGGUUUUGAGUUGUAUGGCUCCUCAAAAAGAGUUUGUGAUAUAGAAAAUGAAGAAUGGACCGGCAAGGCAUACACAGGUUGCUAUGGUAAGAUCGCAUGUUUUUUUUUAGUUUGCCGUCUACGAGAUGAUGAUGACAAGGAGCGGGAUGAUCACUAUAAUGAUUAUGGAAUGCAAGUAUUCAACACAACUUGA